CUCCGCUGCUGCUAGCAAAGUUCUUGGACAACAAACAUAUUGCGUGGUUUAUCUUAUUUUUCAAGUAGGCCAAAAUAGUUACAAUCUAAUUCAGUAUAAGAUCUACCUAAUUCGAUUCAGAUAUGAAUAUAUGCCACAUUAGUCAAUUAGGAUUUUUUUUAGAGAUUACACAGUACAACUAAGAUAUAGAUGAACUAAACAAGAAUCCAAAUGAAGUUAUGCAGAUCUCUUGUGUAUUUGGAAAAAAUACUAAAAAAAAAAGAAUAUGUCGAUCUCCUCUGUAUUAGAGAAGAAGGAAAAAAACCCGGAUGAUCAUUUUUGUCCUCCUCCACGUGGAUAUCAAUUGGGUUGUAUAGAACAAAUUGGGUUGUCAAUUAAAUUAGUCAAUGAUGAACAAUUUGCCCACAAAAUUUGAAAUCAUUUAAUUUGCAUCGCACCUUUUCGAAUCACACGAUGAAUUACGUUUCCAUGCAAUCAUCAUCAUCAUCAUCAACCAAGAAACCGUAUGUAUAGUAGUGUCUAUGGCAUGCUACCAUCAUCAAUGCGUGCACUCCAUUACAAACGUAAUGUCCACGACUUUAAUCUCUCUCGUCUUUAGGCUGUCGGCGUCUCAAAUCACCUGCGCUGCGAGCCCCAUGAUUAAUCAACGCCUAACCACCCUUCCAAAUAAAUCAGGAACCAAUUAACCAUCGACACGACAGGCCCCUAGCUCCUCCUCGUGCCGCCACCGCGAAAAGGCGCGAACCCGCCACGCCACCACCCGCGCCCCCGGCGGCAUCGCAUCGCCAUCGCAUCGCGUAUCGCCGCUAGCCGACGCGAUCCUUCGCCCCGGCUCCACGGCUGGAACAACCGAACCCGAUCCCGGCCGGCCGCGCCUCUAUACGCCGCGCCGGCCGCCCGGGCCGCUGAUGGGGGACGCGGACGCCGGGGAGCGCGACCGGAGGCCCGCAACGGCGUCGGCGGCGGCCAUGGAGGACAAGGGGAAGGCCAAGAGGGACGGCGUCGUCAAGGAGGUCAUACGGCUCGAGCGCGAGUCCGUCAUCCCCAUCCUCAAGCCCAAGCUCGUCAUGAAGCUCGCCUACCUCAUCGAACGUGACAACGACCGUUCCGAGUUCAUGAAGCUAUGUAAGAGGGUAGAGUACACAAUCCGUGCUUGGUAUCUUCUGCAGUUUGAUGAUCUAAUGCAACUGUAUGCAUUAUUUGAUCCUGUCAAUGGUGAGAAGAGUUUGGAGCAGCAGGGCAUGACAUCCAGUGAGCUUGAUACUCUAGAACUAAAUUUCUUAACCUAUAUUUUUCAGAUAAUGGAAAAGAGCAACUUCAAGUUGUUAUCCGACGAAGAGUAUGAGGUAGCGCAGUCUGGCCAGUAUCUUUUGAACCUCCCUAUACAAGUUGAUGAACACAAGGUAGACAGCAAGUUGUUGACAAGAUACUUUAAGGAACACCCACAUGAUAAUCUACCAGCAUUCGCUAAUAAGUAUAUUGUCUUCCGUCGGGGCAUUGGAAUUGAUCGAACAACUGACUACUUCUUCAUGGAGAAAGUGGAUGUCAUCAUAUCCCGAGCAUGGAGGUCAUUGCUCAGUGUAACAAGGAUAGAUAGAUUAUUCUCCAAGAAACAAUUACCUUCAAAAAAGGACAAAAAGAAGACCGACGAAAUUAAUGAAGAUGAAGAAGAACCAGACCUCUAUGUUGAGCGCGUUCGUCUAGAGAAAAUGGAGCUAAGCAUAAGGAAUCUGUUACGAAAAAUGACAAUUCAAGAGCCUACAUUUGAAAGGAUGAUCGUGGUGUAUAGAAAGGCUAGCACAGAAAGUAAGCCAGAUCGUGGGAUAUAUGUAAAGCACUUCAAGCACAUUCCAAUGGCUGAUAUGGAGCUAGUCCUGCCAGAGAAGAAAAACCCUAGUUUAACACCAAUGGAUUGGGUUACAUUCCUAAUUUCUGCCGUGAUUGGCUUGGUCACUCUAAUAGGUUCUCUUGAAAUGCCAAAGGCUGACAUAUGGGUUGUCACAGCUAUCUUAUCUGGUCUGAUUGGAUACUGUGCGAAGAUCUACUUCACUUUCCAAGCAAAUAUGGUCACAUACCAAAAUUUGAUUACAAAGUCAAUGUAUGAUAAACAACUUGAUAGUGGAAAAGGAACACUUCUUCACUUGUGUGAUGAUGUGAUCCAGCAAGAAGUUAAGGAGGUUAUCGUUUCCUACUAUAUUUUGAUGGAGCAAGGAAAGGCCACUAUACAGGAUCUUGAUGUACGCUGUGAACAUCUCAUCAAGGAAGAGUUCGGCGUGGAGUGCAACUUUGAUGUUGUGGAUGCUGUAAAGAAGCUAGAAAAGCUGGGUAUUGUUUCUCGGGACUCAAUUGGGAGGAUCCUAUGUGUUCCGUUGAAGCGAGCAAACGAGAUCAUAGGGACAACAACCGAAGAAAUGGUGCUCCGAGCCCAGCAAGCCCCUGCUGCUUCAGAAGCUUCACGGUGCUAGUGAUAAAUUCAUUCAAUCUUAGCAAGAUUUCGCUGCAACUCAGGGCCCGCCAUGUGUGUCCAAUCUUCUGCGCAGUUUUUGUGUUAUUCUUUCAUUUGUUCAUUCGUUUGUAAAUAAGAAUGAUAUCAUCAACUUUUACAGUGUAUGAGAAGUGAAGUGAACUGUAUAGCGCUGAA